AUUAUCGUCAUUAUCGUCGAAAUUCACCACAAGAGCCUUAAACCCUCCUCGACCACACUAUCAAUACAACCACUUCGACGACCCACCCUCUACAAACAACCCACCCACUCAGACUCAAUCUCCUCAAAGCUACACCCAACCAAACGAACCCACCCCAGAAAUGAGCAACAAAGAUUCCGCCUACGGCGGCGCCCCGGCCUCGGACACGGCCUUCCGCAAGACAUGGGACCGUGACGAAUACGCCAAAAAAGCCGCAGCAGAUGAGACGCGCCGCAAAGAAGAGGCCAAGGCGCGGUAUGAGGCCAAGCUGCUGGGCAAGAAGUGGCACGCGCCCGUCGACUACAGCACGCUGGAGGCGACGACCUCGCGCACGCAGCGGCUGGACGUCGCCUCCAUGGUGGGCAAGACGACCAUGGUGGCGGCGGGGUCGGCGGUGGGCAAGCGCGGCCGCGGCGCGGGGUUCUACUGUGCUGACUGCGACCUCACCUUCAAGGAUAAUCUGCAGCUGGUGGAGCAUCUGAACAGCAAGCAGCAUCUGAUUGCGACGGGUCAGAGCGGGGAGGUUGCUGUGGCCACCGUGGAGGAUGUGCGCAUGCGGCUGCGCAUGUUGGCACACCGGAAGAGAGAGCGCGAGGAGGAGGAGCGGCGCGCCUGGCAGUUGGAUCUCGGGCAGCGGUUGAAGGAGCGCGAGGAGCUGGAUGCCAAGGAGCGCGAGGAGAAGCGGAGGAAACGGAAUGAGAAGAGGCGCAAGGGAGGGGAGAAUGGGGUGAAACAGGAGGACGAGGGCUGGGAGGGCCGAUUAGGGAUCAUCGCAUAGACAGGCAUAUGUGAUUCUUGGGUUCUUUUUGUCUUUUGGUGGCAAGAAUAAGGCGGGCGGAUCAUGCUGGCGAAGUGUUGUUUGGAAGCUCAAGUAUACCCACGGCGUUAUAAUUAUUCAGGUUGACGGCUCUCUAUCUCUCCCAGAGAUUGAACUCUGCUUAUCCAGCCACAUUUAUAAAUCAUUGAUGAUAUCCAUGUCAGAAAUAACACAAGCACAACCGUUACGGACCG